UUUAAAAUAUGCAUUAGGAAUAUCAGCCGUUUGUUUAUUCAUGAUAUUUAAGCUACUGAACAGUUUUUUCUGAAAUCAUCUGCAAUGUCUUUACACUUGCCAAAGAGAACUGCUGAAUUGGAUCUUCCCAACUUGGAUACACAAACUCCAAUAAAAAGUAAAAUCAAUGACACAAAGCAACUUGAAGCAAAGUUUGGAAAUGAAAACACUGAGAAACGUUCAUGCGAAAACCCAAGUAUCGGAGACUCAACCAAUAGACUGAAAUCACAGCUAGAUGAAAAGCUUGUCAUAAAAUCAAAUCAAAGAAAUAUUGUAUCAAAAGGCGUGUUAAAACUAAUGCCUUUUACUACUCCAAAUAGUUUAAUUGCAAUCAGGUUGCCAAUUUUAGAAACAAACUCAAAGAAUCAUGACAAAAAAAUAUCUAAUAGCUCUGUUAAAAAAAGUCCUACCAGAUUGCAAAUAGUAAAAAGUUUCGCCCCACCAAAAGCCAGACAAUUAUUUUCUUCGGAUGGUCGUGAGAUUUUAGGAGAUUCUAAAAAGUCAUCGAAAAACAUUAACACACCAACAAUUUUCCGCAGCCUAAUAUCUGGUAGAGAUUACGUUGAUUCAGAAAAUGAAUCAUCAAUACUUGGAAGCACUUUAAAUGAUGUAUCGCAAUACAGUCGUAUCGAAAAUUGUGAAAAAUCUAUAAAUAUUAGUAGCACUGCUUCAACCCCUAAGUCAUCACUUAGUCCUUAUAGUACAUUUACUGAAAAAACAAACAACAAUACCACUCAUAAAAUAUCAGUACAAGAUAAAAAUUAUGUUUUAGUUAGAAAUCUUGGAAAAGGUGGUUCCGGUUGUGUGAUUGAAGGACAAUUAGCAAAUGAUCAGAUUUCAUUGAAUAAAAAGUAUGCUAUCAAAAUGGUCGAGUUGGAUCAAAAUGCAACUUAUUUGGACGAAUAUUUACAGGAAAUUAAAAUUCUCAAACGUUUACAAAAUAGUGAUUGUAUUAUCAAGUAUUUUGGAUCGGAAAUAAUAAAAGACAACUUCCGUGAAAUUGGUUAUAUUGUCAUGGAACUUGGCCAAUGUGAUCUAUAUCAGCAUUUAAGAUCUCGAAAAGAAGAUAUACCACUAUACGAACUAGUAGGUUGGCUCUAUCAAAUGAUUGAAGCUCUUUAUACUAUUCACUACAAUGGAAUCAUUCAUUGCGAUCUUAAGCCCGCUAAUUUUAUCAUGGUAAAUGGGAUUUUAAAGUUAGCUGAUUUUGGAAUAUCAAUGUGCAACGACACUAGCCGAGAGGUUUUUGUGAUAGCAGGUACCUGUAAUUUUCUCAGUCCGGAAUCUGUAUUUAGUGUACUUUACAAAAAGCCUGUAAAGUUGUCGGGUUCUACUGACAUUUGGUCGUUUGGCAUUAUUUGUUAUUACUUGAUAUAUAAGAAACUACCUUUUGAGAUUUUCGUGACAAAAGACGACAAACUCCAAGCUAUUGCUGAUCCUAAAACAGUUAUUCAAUAUCCUGAAUUGCCAGAUCAUCUACCUGAAAUACUACAUAAAAUUACAAAAGAUUGUUUGCAAUAUGAUUCAUCAAAAAGACCGACUUCAAUUCAACUAUUGACGAACUACGAUCUGCACAAAAUUGCACCACUCAAACGAUGUUUUGUUCUUCAAAAAUAAUACUUUUUUUAGAUUUUACCAACAUUAUAAUAGGUAAUUGUAAAUAUGUAUCAGACACUUUGUAUUAAUUAGGCAUUAUUAAAGACAAAUCUA